AUGGUGACAUCUUGGAUUCUAAAUUCACUUUCUAAGGAAAUUGCAGAUAGUGUAGAAUAUGCAAGCGAUGCUGUUGAACUUAGGAAGGAAUUGGAGGAUAGAUAUGAGCAAACUAAUGGAGCUAGACUGUAUCAAAUUCAAAAGGAGAUCAAUGAUCUCUCCCAAGGAAACCUGGACAUUACUACAUACUACACUAAAUUGAAGAAGCUUUGGGAAGAACUUGCUACUUUGAGCAAAAGGAAUCAGUGCAAUUGCAUUUGUAACUGUGGAGCGAAGGAGAACAUGUAUAAGGCUGAACAAGAUAGGAGAUUAAUACAGUUUCUCAUGGGAUUGAAUGAAGUGUACACAGUGGUUCGAGGUAGUAUACUUAUGAUGAAUCCUUUGCCCAAUCUAGCACAAGCCUUCUCAGCGUUAGUUCAGGAUGGGAAACAAAGGGAGAUUAGACCUAACAAUCACCUAAUUGUGGACUCAGCCUCAUUGAAUGUAGGAAGCUCAGGGCAGAACUCUUUUAGAACAAAUUUUCGAGUUGACAACAAUCGUGGGCUUUCUAGGGGAAGACUCAUUUGUGACUACUGUAAAAGACCAGGGCAUAGCAAGGAUAGGUGUUACAAGUUACAUGGUUAUCCACAGAAUUUUUCUGCUCAGAACCCUGGCCCUAGACAAUUCUCUAAUAGCCGCAAUUAUGAUCAAGGCCCUAGAUACAACAACAAUAAAGGAAAAAGAGUAGUGGCAAAUGUGCAGGGAAUAACUGAUGAGAUCACUACUGGGGAGGAAGCUGAAAACAAGGCACAAGAUGAUGGUAAAAAUGUGAGUCUUACUCAAGAGCAAUAUGGGCAGCUGAUAAGUAUGAUAGUAUGCACAUCUUCUAUUGAUUUUGGUAAACUUGCUUGCAAAUGCUUUGAGUCCAAGGCUGAUACUUGGAUACUGGAUUCAGGAGCUUCCAACCACAUGACCUUUGAUAAAUCCCUAUUGUCCAAUGUUCAAAUCCUACCUUACCCUCUUCUAGUAGUUCUACCCAAUGGAUAUAAAGUUAAAGUGUCUGAGAUUGGUGAUGUUGUCCUCACAUCUAAGAUAGUAUUACAGAAAGUUCUCUUUAUUCCCUCUUUCAAAUUCAAUCUAGUUUCUGUUUAUUGGUUAACCAAACACCUCAGAGGAAUGGCAUCUUUCACUGACAAUGCUUGUCUUCUGCAGGCCCCUUCAGUGAAGAGGCCUCUGGAGAUUGGUAAAGUGAGGAAUGGCUUGUACCUGCUCUGCUCCAAAUGCCUAAGGAACAAUAAUACUUCUGUGACCUUCAAUCAUUCAUGUGAUGUAAACAGUCCUCUCUUGAAUAAUACUCAAAGUCAUAUGUCCUCAUCUGUAAAUGAGUCACUUCUGAAGCAAAUGAAAAACAAUCCUACUUCUUUUACUUCUUCUUCUUUAAAUGAUAGCUUGUCCAAAUCUGCAUUUUGUUUUUCCAAUGGUGUAGACAUACUGUGGCAUAACAGACUUGGUCAUGUGCCAUUUGUAAAAAUGAAACAUAUUUCUAACAUUCCUGCUGUUUUUCCCAAAAACAACCAUUUAUGUGCACAAUUUGUCCUAUGGCCAGACAAACAAGACUUCCCUUUCUACAAAAGGCUAGUACCUCCACCAAAAACUUUGAAUUGA